UGAAACUGUAUCAAACUAUAUGUGACCUGACCGUAACAAUUAAACUCUACCAUUGAAUCGUUUUAUAUCUUUCUUCAAUUUUAUGUUUGUUUUAUUUUAAGUACACCUAAACACAGUUACAGCAGGUAUUGAUCAGCAUUUUAAAAGUAAUCCAUUGAAGUGUUUGCAGUACGACGGCACACAAUUAUAUGGAUACAAUUUGAAUAAAUGUACGCCUGUUGGUAGAUGAUUUCUUCGUUUCAGCUUAUGUUGAAUGAACAAAAUAAAGCGGCUGUAGCAUCUAUUAACAGAUGUUUUUAAAAAAGGUUUUAUGACAAGUCAUGUAUAUAAUCAUCAUUUAAAGCUUGAUCCACUGCGGACAUGUUCUUGCCUAAAAAACGGAAGGAGGCAAAUAGGCGCAUUAUAAACCAAAAUUCAGCUCUCCGACUCUUGCUCUCAAACAAUACAUGGAUAUGUAAUUUUGUAAGGCUUCUGCUAUAUAAAUAACUGUGAGUACUGCUGGAACUUUGAAAUAACACAAACAUCAUAAGAUAAUAGGUAAGGGUAGAUUUCAAAUACAAAUACGCGGGCAAAAAUUAACCUUUACCGCAAGCGGGGAAUGAUGGUAACUAUUGUUUCAAUCACUGAAACUUCUUAUGUUUUCUAGCGGAAAUCGGUUUCCUUGUUAUAAAAGAUUUGUAAAUAAACGCUUAUAAUAUCAGCAAAAAGGAAAAAAACAAAGAGUAUGCGAGUAUAAUAACUAUUGCGCAACUCUUAAACUAUAUUGUAAUGUCCUAAUAUAAUAGUGUAGAUAAACUUUUUUAAGUACAAUUAAACACAAGACAUUUGGACUUUAAGAGCAGGAAGAUAUUCUUCAACAUAAGAUAUAAACAUGUUUAGUAUUUACACUGUUAGUACAGGUCAACAUUGUAAACUAUAAAAGAUAAUUCCACCAUAUAAUUUGACCUAACGCAUCGUUCCUAACCUUGUAAACUGUGAAACCGGUAAUCUUACCCAACGCCUAUGAAUAUUAACAUCAACUAAUUUACAUUUUUUUUAAUCUACUGCUGUUUAUUGGUUGCAUAAACCAGGCGGGGGCGUGGUGAUUUACAAAUACUGUGGUUGAAGUAUUGUGCCAUAUACUAGUAACUGAAAAUCGGAAUAAAUAACUGCUGAGAAAUAAUGAACAAGAAAGCAUUGUUAUAUCGAUCGUGCUUUGUGCUAUUUAUAUCUACAUUUUUGUGGAUUCUGAUGGCCUCAGUGGUUGACAUACAGUCUCCGUUACGCUACGAACCGAGUCCAUUCCAACGUGAUGGAAGUGACGUCAUAGAAACGGAAUACUUCGACGACAACAAGACGGAUGCCCGUCCCCAGGAAGAUAAUUAUGUAAUUACAGGGGAAUACAUCUGUGAUAAUAUUAACAAACAAUUUAUUGUAAUUUUAAUACCGUCGUUACCGAAAGAAAUUGGCGUAAGGAAUAUAUUACGAAAAACAUGGAUAAAUGCUCUGAAAACGAAUUCUUGGCCUAAUGAGAAACUCGUGUUUGAAUUUAGGGUCGCUUUUAUCUUUGGAAAUGGUUACAGUGGUGAGGAAAAUGCGCUUCUUAAAGCAGAAAAGGAAGUUUAUGGAGAUAUUAUUCAAGGUGAUUUUAUAGAUAAUUUCAAAAAUAUUACAAGAAAAAUUUUAUUUGGUCUAAAAUGGGUUACAGAAUAUUGCCCUACAGCGCGGUAUAUAAUGAAAACAAAUGUUGAUACGUUUGCACAUAUUCCAAAACUUUUUAAUAAAAUACAAGCUUACAAUGAUAGCUUUGGUGGCAAAAUAUUCUGCCGACUUCAUGAAAACACAGUGCCAAGCAAAGAAGGAGAACUGCAGUUUGUUAAAACUACUAACCGUUUGCAAUACUAUCCGCCAUAUUGCGACGGAGCUGUUUACGUCAUUUCCGGAGAUGCUGUCCAACGAUUAGUACGUGCUAGUGGUCGUAUGCCAUACAUACCACUAGAAGACAUUUAUACGACUGGAAUACUAGCAAGGAUGGCCAAAGUAAAUCGUAUAAAUAUCUUGCCAAAGUUGAAUUUGAAAAAUAUACCAGAAUGGGAAUGUAUAUUUCAAUCUUCUGAGGAAAACGAUCUAGUGUACAUUGCAGACUCUGGUUAUAGGCCUAGUCAAGUUGCAAAAAUUUGGAAAUGUUUGAAAUAUGGACCUGACUUGAACGAUUACAUUAGAAGUAUUGACAUAGAACUUGUACUUAGCAGACUUGUUUAUUUCUUUGUCGUGUUAUUGAUAUUGCUUAAAUGUUAUUUUUAUUCAGUACGUACGGAACCGAAAUAAAAUUUAGUAAGACUUAGUUAUAAAACUGUACAUACUAUAAGAGAUAUAUUUAGUAUGAAUGAAUAGAAAAAAUGUAUUUUUAUACUGAAAAUCAUUCAUGAAGGACUUUCAUUAAACAGAUUUGCGUUUGUAUUUCACUUUGUUUUCAGAAUUAGUGGGAUUAAUAGUCCCAUACCUCUAAUUUGAACUUUAUCAGAAUUAAGUCCCUUUUUAACCUAGUUUUUUUUUUAUUAAAGUUUUUGAUAAAGUCAAAUAUCUCUGUUACUAUCAAAGCUUUUGACUUGAAGCCUACUCCAGGAGAAAUACUGGUCAUAAUUCUGAUUAUAUAUUUCAUUGAGUUUAGAACCUUUUAAUGGCAAAGCUCUAAGUCAGAGUUAAGCACUGAGAAAAGUCGAGCGUGCUGUCUUACUAAUAGCUCUUGUUUUUUAUGAGCUUUAAUGUAACUUUAGGUAGUUAUAUUAGUUUUUUAAUUAACGAUUAGCAACAACAUCUUGGUUUCAACGCUGUAAUUACAUGUACAUGUCAGUAGCAUACAAAAAUCUCUU